AUGAGGGAGCCCAUUCCCUCCACCUUCAAGCCGCCCAGCAUCACACGCUUCGACGGCCGGGGUGACCCACAAGAGCACAUAAUGGCCUAUCAGGCUACCAUGAUGCUAAUGGGAUCGUCAGAAGCCAUGAUGUGCAGAGCCUUCUUUUCCACCCUUAUCGACCAGGCGCAGCGUUGGUUCACGAGCCCCGAAGGAAGGAGUGUGGACUCUUUCCAUGACCUGGCUGUAAAGUUCAUCACCCACUUUAUGAGGGGAAGGAAGAUCAUAAAGCAUUUCACUCAUCUCACCACGGUGAAGCAGGGAGUUGGAGAAUCGCUGACCGACUUUCUGGUCCGUUGGCGGGCGGAAGAAGCGAACGUAGAAGACAUCGACGACAAAUCGGGCGUGGUCAUGUUCGUCGACGCCCUAAGGGCGGGGGACCUGUACAAAAGCCUGCGACGCAAAACCCCCGACACCUAUGUAGCGCUGAUGGCGAAUGCUGACAGGUAUGCCGAAGCGGAGGAGGCAAAUCGUUUGAAGGGCCACGAAGAAGAAACCCCCGGUAAAAGGUCCCGACCCGCCGAGGAGCCUGUUAGGCCGGGAAAGAGGGGGACAAACCCCGCGACAGAAAGGGCCAUCGGGGGGAAGGGAAAAGCAGACGCUGGUGAUAUGACGAUGACAUAUAGGGCGCCUCCACUGUGGUCGCCCCGCCCGCCGAUGAGGAAUCUUCUAACGGCACCCCUCACGCCUAUCAACGCCCGGCCCAGUGAGGUGUUAGCCUACGCCGAGCAAUGUCAAAUGGUUAAAGUUCCCGAGCCUCGAGCACCGGGCAUCCCCGCCGAAGGCCGGGGGCGGUACUGUCGCUUCCACCGCCGAUCCGGGCAUAGUACGGACGAGUGUCAGGCCUGGAGGAAGGAGAUAGAGGCCCUUAUCCAGUCAGGCCACUUGGGUAAUUUCAUCGAUUGGAACAAGAUGUACUAUGGGAACGUAUGGAAGAGGGAGACAGCCGAGGUUGGCCCUGAGAGUCUCAACCCCCCGAGGGGAAGGUCAGGCGGGGGCACAAGCGACAAGGGUAAACGCCCCGUGAUUAACGUAAUCUUCGGCGGAUGGUCAGCAGGCAAGGGGGAGGAGGAAUACGUGGGGUCCGUCGAAAGAGCACCUGCAAUGAAGAGACAACGCAAGGAACCAAUCACUUUCACUGAUACCGACCUCCCACAUGGGGGAGCUUCAUCCAAGGAAGCCAUGGUUAUCGCAAUGGAGAUCAACGGCACUGUAGUCAGGCGAGUACUGCUCGACACUGGGAGCAGCGUAAAUGUGAUGUAUCACGAUAUCUUCGUCAAGCUGGGGUUUGCCCAAGACCAGCUGAAACCGAUCAAAACUCCGCUGGCCGGAUUCACCGGAGACACAGUUGAAACAGAAGGCAUGAUUCGACUGCCGGUGGAAAUCGGCGACCCGCCGCACGCACUAAAGGCAGAAAUGGACUUCGUGGUGGUCAGGAUAACCUCCGCCCACAACAUCAUAUUGGGCAGGCCAGGGUUGGUUGAGAUAGGGGGGAUCUUAUCCAUGGAACAUUUGUGCUUGAAGUUCCACACCCCCCGCGGGGUAGGGAUAGUGCGCGGCGAUCAGCAGUCCGCGCGAGAGUGUUACGAGAAGGCCUGCCGAAACAUCGAUCGGCUCCCCGUUUACACGGUCGAAAAGCAGGAAGGAACAGAACCGGAAAAGAUGCCCGAACCGGCAGUGGAAUUAGAGGAAAUACAGCUAGACCCGUCUCAACCCGGCAAGACAGUGAAAAUAGGGAGAGGGCUCGAGGGCGGCUUGCGGGAGGAGAUCGUCCAAGUCCUCAGGCGAUACGCGGGCGUAUUUGCGUGGGGACCGGAGGAUAUGCCAGGCGUGGAUCGAUCGGUGAUUACGCACCGCCUGGCAGUGGACCCCACACAUCUACCCGUCAAGCAGAAGCGCUGCCACCUAUCCGCUGAGCGGAGGGCGUUCAUGAAAAAAGAAGUAGACACGUUGUUAGCUAUAGGGCACAUCCGGGAAACCAUGUAUCCCGAGUGGUUAUCCAACGUAGUGUUGGCACCAAAACCGCCUACGUGGCGGAUGUGCGUCGACUAUACGGAUUUGAGCAAAGCUUGCCCCCAGGAUCCCUUCCCGUUGCCCCGUACAGAUCAGCUAGUGGAUGAAACAGCUGGAUGCGAACUGCUGAGUUUCAUAGAUGCGUUCAAGGGAUACCACCAGAUCUUCAUGGCAGAAGAAAAUGAGGAGAAAAUCGCAUUCGUCACCCCGGAUGGAAUAUACUGCUACAAGGUAAUGGCCUUCGGUCUAAAAAACUCGGGGGCCACGUUCACACGAAUGGUGGCAGAGGUCUUCAAAGGCCUGUUAGGAGACAUUAUGGAGGCCUACGUCGACGACAUGCUCGUUAAGAUCAAGAAGGCCGAAUCUCAUCCACAGUAUCUGACGCGGUGUUUCGAGGUCAUGGAGCAACAUCACCUCUGCCUUAACCCGAAGAAGUGUGCAUUCGCCGUGAAAGGGGGAAAGUUCCUGGGUUUCAUGGUGACUCACAGGGGGAUAGAAGUUAAUCCGGAAAAAGCAAAGAGCAUCCUCGACAUGCUACCCCCCAGGUCCAUAAAGGAUAUUCAGUGCCUGAACGGUAAGUUGGCGGCCUUGAGUCGCUUCAUGUCCAAGCUGGCGGAACGAUCACUGCCUUUCUUCCAAGUCAUGAAGAGGAGGGAUGGAUUCGCAUGGAACAACGACUGUCAGGAGGCAUUCGAUCACUUUAAAGCUUACUUGGCCUCCGCGCCUGUCCUCUCGAAAUCAGAUUGUGGGGAGGUUCUGUACGUCUACCUCGGGGUGGCCCCGGCAGCCGUCGGCUCGGUGCUCCUACGAGAAAACAACGGAGUCCAGAGACCUGUCUAUUACGUGAGCAGGGCCUUGCAUGAUGCGGAAUUGCGAUAUACCCCCCUCGAGAAAACCAUAUACGCAUUAAUACGCAUGACCCGGAAGUUGGUGUACUACUUCCAAGCCCACCCCGUAAUGGUAUUGACGAACCAGCCGCUGGGCUCGGUGAUGAGAAAUCCGAUCUCCUCAGGAAGAAUGAUGAAAUGGGCUAUUGAGCUGACCCAGUACGACAUCGAGUACAGACCUCGGGUGGCCAUAAAGGGGCAAGCAUUGGCCGACUUCAUAGUGCAAUGCACAGCCCAGGAAAACGGAGUAGAGGGCCAGGCCACCACCGAACCCGAAUGGGAGAUGUAUACGGACGGGGCUUCCAGCCGGAAGGGUUGCGGAGGCGGCAUGGUUCUAAUAUCCCCCGAGGGGUUCAAAGCGUACCGAGCGUUCCGUUUCAACUUCCAGCUAUCUAACAACGACGCAGAGUACGAAGCUCUAAUCGGGGGGCUACGGUUGGCCCGAAUCAUCCCGGCCCGACGCAUUAAAAUCAGAUCGGACUCCCGCCUGGUAGUGGGACAGGUAAAUGGCGUCUUCGAGACCAAAGAGAACAGGAUGUGGCAGUAUAAAGAGGUGGUGAAGCAGUUACUAGCAGUGCUGGAGCGAUGGGAGUUACAGCAAAUCCCGAGAGCGGAGAAUGGGGAAGCCGACCUACUGUCAUGCUUAACACAAGGAGUCGAGGAUCACCUCGAAUACAUAUCACGGAUCGCCCAAAUCACAGACAUAGAUAGCCCAAGUAUAGAGAGAGAUGAGAUCCUCACUAUCUCACCCGCCCAAGACGAGUGGAUACGCGAAAUGAUAUUGUACAAAACCGAAAGCGUCGCUCUGGGGGACCCCGCACGGGCGCUGAAGGUAGCAUUGAUGGCCCCCACCUACCAAAUCCACGAAAAUAAAUUUUUCAAACGAUCUUUCGGAGGACCACUGCUGCGAUGCCUCACGAAAGCUGAAUCCGAGCGAGUGAUGUCAGAACUCCAUGAAGGUAUGUGCGCCGCGCACCAAGGCGCUAACACGCUCGCACGAAAAGUGAUCUUACAAGAAUACUACUGGCCGAGGGUUAGGACCGACUGUUUGGAAUACGUAAAAAGGUGCGAAACCUGCCAACAUUUUGCGAUCUUGCCCGGCCGUCCCGCGUCGUAUUAUACCCCGGUUACUUCGGCCAUCCCGUUUGCGAGGUGGGGCAUCGAUCUGUUGGGCCCAUUCCCAAAGGGCGUCGGUGGCCUGAGAUUCGUAAUGGUGGCUGUAGAUUAUUUCACCAAGUGGGUGGAAGCAGAAGCCCUGGCAUCAAUCACCGAACACCAAUGCCGCAAGUUUGUCUGGAAGAAUAUAUUCACAAGGUUCGGGUUACCGUUGCAAAUCGUGUCGGAUAAUGGAAAACAGUUCGAUAGUGCGGGUUUUGGACAGUUUUGCGCAUAA